AUGACUCGCACGCUGUUUGCUCACCAUACGAAGAUGCAGCAACAACAGCAAAUGGCAAUGCAACAUAUGAACCAACCAUCCAUGUUACCUCCCACAACUGUUGAAGAGCAGAAGCCGAAGCCAGCUCGAAAACGACAACGGAAAACGACUGCGAACAACAAGAACAAAAAGGCUAAUGCUAGUCCAGCACCGGCAAAUGCCGGUUUUCCGUCCAAUCCUAUGCCUGGCAACUUUUCGUCGAUGGGUUUCCAGGACGUCAUGGUGGUAGGGGAGCCAUCCAUGAUGGGAGGAGACUAUGGUGAAGAGGACGAGCGAACGAUAUCGCGAGUUGAGAAUGCUCAAUACGACCCGAACGCGCUGCAGCUCCAAAUGCAGUCGAUGGGUCCAAGCGGCCAUAUUGGUGGGCCGGGUAUGAGCGGUAUGCAAAGCGGUCCACCUAUGGGUCCUCCAAGUGGUUCACAAAUGAGUGGAAGUGGUCCACUCGUUCCUGGUGGUCCACAGAUGGUACAAGGUGGCGCCAUUGGACCUGGACAAAUGGGUCCAGGAAUGCCUCCAUCUGCCAACCAACAACUUACACAAUUAGGUCAACCGCAAAAUGGCCAUCCACCUCCACAAGGGUACGGGUAUGGUCAACCGCAACCUAACGCCUGGUCUAAUCAGUCUUCGAAUGCAACCAUGAUAACAGGGUAGAA